AAGCCAACCUGCCCACCGCCUUCUCUCCUCGCCUCCUUCCCUCUGCCAAUCCAUCUCCUCCCGUUUGGUGAUGGUAUCGCCACCAUGGCGAUCAACUAUUUAAUCUUGCUGUCCCGCCAGGGCAAAGUACGUCUUGCCAAAUGGUUCACCACCCUCUCGCCCAAGGAGAAAGCCAAGAUCGUCAAAGAUGUCUCCCAGCUGGUUCUGGCCCGGCGCACACGGAUGUGCAACUUUCUUGAAUACAAGGAUACCAAGAUCGUAUACCGCCGAUAUGCCUCCCUGUUCUUCAUCGUCGGCUGCUCAUCCGAUGACAACGAGCUGAUUACACUCGAAAUCAUCCACCGCUACGUCGAGCAGAUGGACAAGUACUACGGAAACGUCUGCGAGCUGGACAUCAUCUUCUCCUUUACCAAAGCCUACUAUAUCCUUGACGAGCUCAUCCUCGCCGGAGAGCUACAAGAGAGCAGUAAGAAGAACGUGCUGAGAUGUAUUGGGCAACAAGACUCUCUCGAAGAUAUGGAGGUCGAGGACGAAGUGACGAAGAUCAUGUAAUGCGUCGGCGAUGUUGGCACAUACUCACAUCUCUCAUGUUCCUGAAUGACUAGCCACUGUUUAUACUUUGCACGAUGAGAGCAGAGGAGCACAAGGGGGCUGCCUUUCCCUUGGCUAACGUGCCAUACUUUAACACAGGCCCAACAGGAGAUUUCAGGCGCCCUGAAGGAGGUUGGGAUCCUUUGAGAUCAGCACAGACGGCGGUCUAUGUGCCGUUCGCGAGCCUGGCAACAUACAAUUCAGAAAGAGGAUUGCCAGCUGGUCUGAUGGAAGGUCAGCUGCAGGUGGAGGAGAAGGAGGGGGAGGAUGGCUACACAACGCACUGAUGGCGGCUGGAUUGAAAGUCCAGCGGAACCCAAGAUCGCGGACCAUGGCAGCAGACAGGCAUCGUUCGAGAGCUUCGACGCCAUGCAAGCAUCACGUCUUUCCGGAGGUACGCAAGACUACAGGUGUUUUCUUUCCGCUAAUAGAACUAGAAGACCUCGCCCAAAAAAGAAAACACAAUGACGUCUACCA